CAUUGCCAUGAUAAACCCGAAAAGAAGUAUAUUUGCAUUGAAUCCUGGGUACUAGAUUCGUACUCUCAACUGGUUCAGUAAUUAUUUUGAGUAUUUCAUAUAUUUGAUAUUUGAUUUUAUGUAUAUUUGAGUGUUUUAUAUAGAAAAUGGCUCCCUGCUGCCCCUGUUGUGGAGAACACGUCGAUAAAUUGAAACAGCAAGUGUCUGUUAUGCGAAAAGAAAUCAAGAAUCUUCGGCAGAUGCUGGACACCGCAACCAGAACUCAUCGCAAACACAUGCUUUCCCUUGAGUCCGCAGUGUCUAAGGCUGGUGUCUGGGGACCUGAGAAAACCCGGCCGGCACCUCCGCCAAUUUCACCCCAGGCAUCUUUAGAGAAUGCUAAAUGUACAACUGUCUGCGCUACUGUAGGGAAGUUACAAACAUUGCCGAUUGGUUACAUCCAUUCGUGUUUCUCUGAGAAGAAUGGCACGCCCAGGCAGCCAACCGUCUGCGGACCCUCAAGGGGGGAACUUCGCUUGCAGCGCAGUGUUUUCAAUAACCCUGAGCAUGCCCUGGGAGGGCUAGAGCACUUUUCGCACAUCUGGAUUAUUUUUCUCUUCCAUAAAAACGGUCACUUGAGCCACAAAGCCAAAGUGAAGCCCCCCAGGUUGAACGGCGAGAAGGUCGGCCUGUAUGCGACUCGCAGUCCGCACCGGCCCAACGCUUUGGGCCUGACUCUUGCAAAGCUGGACAAAAUUGUAGGUGAUACAAUACAUCUGUCAGACAUUGACAUGAUUGCAGGCACCCCUGUGCUGGAUAUUAAACCCUACAUCCCCGAUUACGACUCCCCCUACAGUAGGAAGACCAUCGGCUCAAUCGCAGAGCCUGCCCCUUUCUUGCCUAGUGAACCAGUAAAACGGCAGUUGACUGAAAAAGGAGAAUGUCAAUGUAAUGAUCGUUCAAACCCUCUGGACCCUCUCGCGGUGCUCGAGGAAGUGAAGUGCUACGUGUGCAAAAGUGACCUCGGUCAGCUAAGUGACGACCGGGAGCAGGACCCCGCAGACCUGCUGGUGUCCGAGCAGGACCUGGGGCCGCGUUACACCGAGGAGGCCUACGGCACGAUCGCUGGAUGGAUCAGAGAGCCGCCAGUCGCCAGCCUGGAAGUGCGCUUCACCCCUCACGCCCAGAGGGAGUUGGCGGAAUUCCUUCCCGCCAGCCAGUCGGUUCCCGCCGACAGCGAUCGUCCGAGGUUCAGGUUUCUGCGCAGUUCAGACGAGGCCGCCGCCGCCAUCCGAGGGGUGCUGUCCGCAGACCCGAGGUCGGUCUACAGGAGGACUCGAUGCAAGGACAAACUCUUCUUCUUCACCCUGGACGCUGCACAUGUAACCUGCUGGUUCGGAUCAGGCUUCGCUGAGGUGCUGCGAGUUCAACAAGUUCAGUGCCCCAUUGACUCCCGUUGACUGAUUAUUCUUUAUGGCUGCCAUUUUUGUUGUUGUUGUUGUUAAAUUCUUAUCUAAUAAAAGUUUUUUUUUUUUUUUUGGGUUCCCACAUAUUACUCUUCUUUCUGUGUUAUAGAAGUUCUACAACUGUAUGUGCAAUGUAUGUUUUCAAUCUGUAUCUCAUGACUGCUUACUUUUUAAAUGCUAAAAAUGAAAAGGAACAAAGAAAACUAAAAUGCAAAUACAUAUAAAUAAUACAAAUGAGAAAUUUGUUGAAUUGAAUAGCUGUAAAUUUUAAAAAUGUGAAACUUUUAACUAGUUCAGUUUUUCAAACGUGUGAUUGUGCCCCCUAGGGGAGGACCCGGUGUACUGACUGGGGACGCGGGGCUAUAAUGAACACUUUGCAUUACAGUAUUGUUACACUCAGCAGAUGGCGCUAAUUUCACUACCGAACUUGCGUAAAAGUGUGUUUGUAUGGAAAUAUUUUUAUCUCUAAAAGGUGGCUGCUGCAAGAAAGAAAAAUGUUUGUGACCCCUGCACGACUGAAUUUAAUUAAUUGCAAAAAUAUUUACGCUUUCAUCACAUAAAUGCCAUAAAAAUCUAUUGUGUGUUUUAAAAAGACAAUUAUCCAUUUUCUGUACCGUUUA